AUGUCUUCGUACUCGAGCGAGUUGUCACACUCGCAGGAAUAUUUGAGUUUUCGCAGCUCCAUACCGCUUAGGAAAAUCGUCGUCGGCGCCGACGGCGUCAAGGGAUGGAAGGUGUACGAUUCUAAUCCUAAAACUAUCAAAUGCCCACUUAUAUGUCUUUCACCAGUUUGCGGUACAGCUGAUAUAUUUUUUAGACAAAUAUUAGGACUAGCUGCCAAAGGUUACAGAGUUAUCUCGGCCGAGGCACCAGUAUAUUGGAGUAUAAAUGAAUGGUGUGAUGGUUUCAGAAAACUAUUGGAUUAUCUACAACUUGACAAGGUCCACCUUUUUGGUGCUUCCUUAGGUGGUUUUCUGGCACAGAAAUUUACAGAAAUAAAUGCACACUGUCCAAGAGUAGUAUCUCUGGUUUUGUGCAAUACCUUUACAGAUACAUCUGUGUUCAGUUAUAACGAUUCUGCAGCAGUGUUUUGGAUUUUACCUUCAUUAGUACUGAAAAAAAUGGUAAUGGGAAAUUUUGCAACAGAACAAGUUGAUGGAGAAAUUAUAGAAGCGAUUGAUUUUAUGGUGGAACGGCUGGAAAGUUUAACGCAACCUGAAUUGGCAUCUCGCUUAACAAUGAAUUGCAUAAAUUGUUACGUACAACCUCAAAAGAUAUGUCAUUUACCUGUGACAAUAAUAGAUGUCUUUGACGAAUAUGCGUUAUCAAAUCCAGUUAGAGAAGAAAUGUAUAAAUGCUAUCCAAAUGCAAAACUAGCACACUUGAAAACUGGCGGAAAUUUUCCAUAUUUAAGUCGAGCCGCCGAAGUUAAUUUACAUUUGCAGAUUCACUUGAGACAAUUUGAAGGUACGGAAUAUACGGCUUUAGAAAAGAUUAAGAUUUAGCACAAUGCAUUUAUGUUAGGCAUAAUAUAAUAAAAUUCAGAAAUUGUAUAUAAAUAUUAAUUAAACAAAAAGAUUCUCUUUUGCUCAUAUGCAGAUCGUAAGACUAUAAAUAACUUCCAUGCUAUUACUAAGUCAGAUUUGUUAUUUCUUAAGUUUAGUGAAAUAUUUGUUGUAGAAUGUAUAAGUACUCUAGUAUAUAAGUAUAUGUUAAAUACUCUUAGGGAUCGUGUAAUAUUUGUAUUGUUAUUUAAUUUGUUAUCUAAUAUUUUAUUCUUUAAAUAUAUAAAAAUUUAUAUUUUGUAACAACUUGAUCUCAUUUCAACUGUAAAAAGAAUCUUUUAUGAAUUUUAGUAUGUGAAUUUUGUGUGUAAUAUUUUUAAUUAUGUCUCUAUAAAUUUAAUAACAAAAUAUAAAAAAUAUUUUACACUUGA